CCCGCAGCUCAGGUUCGCGUCGCGCCUGCCCGGUUCCGCAGUCUCUCGGCCGCCAAAGUUCAGGGCCGUUGACUGCGAGGUUAGCCGGCGUUGGGUGUUGGCCAGGAAGAGACGGAUGGCCAGUGUUACGUCAUCUAGCAUUUUUGCGCCCACUCCACGCAGUCCCCAUCCGAUCGGCAGCUGGUCCCCGGGAUACGCGGCACCGAGUCUUUAAUCGCAUUGGACUCCUCGGGCCGCCUGGGUGGUGUGGAGGCGGGGGAGAGAGGCCGCCCUUGGGGAUUUUGACGGGAUGUUGCGGGCAGCUCUUUCUCCGGCCGCCCUAGCGGCGGCCGGGCUUCACCUCUCCGACCGGCGACCGCCAGUGCCCGCGUCCCUGCCGCGAGGAUUGGGAGCGUGAGCUUGUGGGUCCGCCCGCGGGCCUGGAGGGCACGCACGCCGGGGACUCGGCGGUGUCGGCUUGCGGCCGGCUUCAGACAGACGAAGUCGUAGUUGUGCGGGGACCGGUACCUUUGAAUGCACAGGCUGCACCGUGUUUUGCGAACUCUGUGGGCGUGUAGGGGCAAGGCAAUGGACUGGGUGAUGUCUCCCAGUUCAUGGUGGUCGUCUCAGUUACAUAGCAGCCGGCUGCACGAAGGCCCCCUACCGGGGCAGACCUCCCGAGCAGCCUGUGGUCGGAAAGCCUCGGCCUUUGCUCAUGGAGCUCGGGCUGAGCGCGGGGGCUGGGCCAACGGCCGCCGGUUCCCUUGAACGCAUCGCCCCUUGGUCUGACAUCCCCCGCCAAACAGGAGAGGCCUGAUUCGCUUUACUUCACAGGACACUUACACCAUAUGGGAACCAAAGAAGAAUUUGUUAAAGUCAGAAAGAAGGACCUGGAACGACUGACAACUGAAGUGAUGCAAAUACGGGACUUCUUACCCAGAAUACUAAACGGGGAAGUGCUGGAAAGCUUCCAGAAAUUAAAGAUUGUAGAAAAAAAUCUGGAAAGGAAAGAGCAAGAGUUAGAGCAGCUGAGAAUGGAUUGUGAGCACUUCAAAGCCCGCCUGGAGUCUGUGCAAGAGGACAGCGUGAGCGAGAAGAAGGAGAAACUGGCUCUUCGACAGCAGCUGAAUGAAGCAAAGCAGCAGCUCCUGCAGCAGGCAGAGUACUGCACGGGAAUGGGCGCAGCGGCCUGCACCAUUUUGUGGGGCGUCUCCAGCAGUGAGGAGGUGGUCAGAGCCAUCCUGGGAGGAGGUAAAGCUUUGAAGUUUUUCAACAUCACUGGUCAAACAAUGGAGAGUUUUGUGAAGUCACUGGAUGGGGAUGUCAAGGAGCUGGAUUCUGAUGAAAAUCAGUUUGUUUUUGCUUUGGCUGGAAUCGUAACAAAUGUAGCUGCCGUAGCAAGUGGUCGUGAAUUCCUGGUUAACUCAAGUCGGGUGCUCUUGGACACCAUACUGCAGCUUCUGGGAGACUUGAAGCCGGGACAGUGCACCAAACUCAAAGUAUUAAUGCUGAUGUCCCUGUACAACGUGAGCAUCAAUUUGAAAGGCUUGAAGUACAUUAGUGAGAGUCCAGGAUUCAUCCCUUUGUUGUGGUGGCUUCUGAGCGACCCGGACACAGAGGUGUGUCUUCACGUGCUGCGCCUUGUCCAGUCUGUGGUGCUGGAGCCAGAAGUCUUCUCCAGGACGGCCUCGGAGAUCCGCAGCUCCCUGCCCCUGCAGCGCAUCCUGGCCAUGGCCAAGAGCCGCAACCCUCACCUGCAGGCCGUGGCCCAGGAGCUCCUGGAGGACCUGCGCACUCUGGAGCGUGAUGCAUAAGGGUGCUCAGCGCCGGCAUCCUCUCCCUGGGUCCCCACUUUGUCUUCUAAAGCCACCAGCCGUGUGCCGUGUGUUACAGAUAGCAAAUGUGAUGCCUAGAGACGGCUGUGUCCUGAGAUGUGCCCACCUGACUUGCUCCUGGAAGAGAACGUGCUUGUGGGUGGUGGGUUAAUCUUGCCGGAGGUGAGCCUGAGAAAGGGUCUAUUCUUCCGUGAAGACCCACAGCAGCUGCAUCCGGAAGAGGGCCUUCUCAGAGUGGCUUCUGCUGCCCAGGAGACCCUGAGACCUGUCGGUUCCCCCUAAAAGCGGGAGGUUGGAUAACCGCCUACCCCGUUGGUCGGCGUUUUCCUGAGAUACCUCUCUUGAAAACAGUUCAUUCGGCUCUCUAAUAAUUAUAAUUAAUUCCCCCCACCAGUUCAAGUUUACCUUUAAAUCUUUCGGUGAACCUGCUAUUUCAGAUGAUAUUGGACAUUCUAGUUCUAUAUUUUUGUGCCUCUUUUAUUUUUGAGUAAAGAAAGUCA